CAACACUUGUUUCAAGACUCGCAGCCAUUCUAGCCAAGUAAUCUUUUCUAUAAUCUCCCCCUAUGGGUGAGUUUUCUCUGAGAGUGACCACACACUGAUAACACUCUCCUAACCAGAGCCGCCAGCGUUGAGUGUGAACUUGAAUGAGAGCUUGAUUUCUUCAUCUUGCGCUUUAAUUAUACCGUUUCGCCGAGGAACAUGUCUAUCCUGAAGAUACAUGCUCGUGAGAUUUUUGAUUCUAGGGGCAACCCCACUGUAGAGGUGGACCUCUACACAGAUAGAGGUUUGUUUCGAGCUGCUGUCCCUAGUGGAGCAUCUACAGGAAUCUAUGAAGCAUUGGAACUAAGAGACAACGAUAAGUCACGUUACCUGGGAAAAGGUGUAUUAAAGGCUGUUGAGCAUGUGAACCAAACUAUUGCACCUGCCCUGAUCAGCCAGGGAAUUCCUGUAGUUGAGCAAGAAAAGAUUGACCAGUUCAUGCUGGAACUGGAUGGAACUGAUAACAAGUCUAAAUUUGGUGCCAAUGCCAUCCUGGGUGUUUCCCUGGCUGUGUGUAAGGCUGGAGCUGCGGAGAAAGGUGUUCCUCUGUAUCGUCACAUUGCUGACCUUGCUGGAAACCCCGAGGUCAUCCUUCCUGUGCCGGCCUUUAAUGUGAUCAAUGGUGGCUCACAUGCUGGCAAUAAGUUGGCCAUGCAGGAAUUCAUGAUUCUGCCGGUCGGGGCCAGUAGCUUUAAGGAAGCCAUGCGGAUUGGUGCAGAGGUGUACCAUAAUCUGAAGAAUGUUAUUAAGCAGAAAUAUGGCCAGGAUGCCACCAAUGUUGGGGAUGAGGGAGGAUUCGCACCAAAUAUCCUGGAGAACCAAGAAGCCCUAGAGUUGCUGAAGAGUGCCAUCAGUAAAGCUGGAUACACAGAUGAGAUUGUGAUUGGCAUGGACGUGGCAGCAUCUGAAUUCUAUCGUGACGGAAAGUACGACUUGGACUUCAAGUCUCCCGAUGACCCCGAUCGAUACAUCAGCCCUGAUGAGCUUUCUGACCUUUACAAAAGUUUCAUUCAGGAUUAUCCAGUGGUCUCUAUUGAAGACCCCUUUGAUCAAGAUGAUUGGGAGGCCUGGACCAAUUUCACCAACAGCACGGACAUCCAGGUGGUGGGAGAUGAUCUCACUGUCACCAACCCAAAACGCAUUGCUAAUGCAGUGGAGAACAAGGCCUGCAACUGCCUGUUGCUCAAAGUCAACCAGAUCGGGAGUGUUACCGAAUCCCUGCAGGCAUGUAAGAUGGCUCAGUCCAGUGGCUGGGGUGUGAUGGUGAGCCAUCGCUCUGGGGAAACAGAGGACACGUUCAUUGCUGACCUGGUUGUGGGACUUUGCACUGGACAGAUUAAAACAGGAGCCCCGUGCCGUUCAGAGCGUCUGGCCAAAUACAACCAGAUCCUUAGAAUUGAAGAGGACUUGGGGGAUAAAGCUCACUUUGCUGGGAAGAACUUCAGAAAUCCACUGAACUGAGACCAGCACAGUACAGUUAGAACUAAUUAACCUCCUACUAAUAGUUCAGUUCAAGAUGCAAUACCAACAGAAAGCAGU